AUGAGCAUUAAGAAGAGAAAUAUAAGGAGUAGCUCAUGUUCCAUUAGUGUGUGGAAAAAAGACAUUGGGCCAAAUUUGAAGGAUAUAUUUUUAAGAAGAAAUUUAGAGGUUGCAAAGGAUGGAGAGAGAAAUAAACAAAGUGACAUAUAUCCCAACAGAUUUAUAAAUCAAAAAAGACACCACAAUGAUGAUGAGGCUGAGGAUAAUAGUCUCAUUGAAGAUGAAGAAGAAAGAAAGAAAAAAAAAAAUCAGAAAUUCAUGAAUUUCUUGUGCAGAGAUAAAUUUAUAUUUGAUGAAAAUAUAACCUGCUUUCCAAAUUAUAUGCACAAGUCAUCAUUAAAUAUAAAAAAAAAAAUUGACAUUUGUGAUUUGAUUAUUGAAGUGAGAGAUGCUAGACUACCAUUUACAAGCACAAAUGAUUUUAUUAUUGACAGUUUAAGAAAACAUAGGAAGGAAAAAAAACGAAUUAUAAUUUUAAAUAAAAUUGACUUAAUUUCCAAGGGAGUAGCUGUAAAUGCAAAGAAUAUUAUCGAAGAAAAAACGAAACAUAUGUGCAUAUUGAUAUCAUCAAAAUACAAUAAAAAUAUAUCUAAAAUUAGAGAUAUAUGUAAAGAAAUAAAACCAAAAUUUAAAAGUCUUGGAAUAUUUGCUAUGUUAAUAGGAUUACCAAAUGUUGGAAAGUCAAGCAUUAUAAAUUCCUUUAAAGAUAUAACUUAUAAUUUAGGAAAAUAUGGACAUAAAAAUAAUAAAAUAUCAUUUGAAGUGAAUAGAAAAAAGGCUAAAACAAAUGUAAUUGCAGGGACAACUAAGAUCAUUGAUACUUACAAAGUUUCCAAUACCCCCUUACUUUAUUUUAUCGACACCCCAGGUAUUUAUUUACCAAAAAUGGAAGAUAAAGAAAUUAGUCUUAAAUUAAGUGCUAUAGGAAAUGCUCUAGAUUACAAAUAUGACCAUAUGUAUGUCGGUGAUUAUAUUCUUUUCACUCUAAACAAACAUAAAAAUUUUAAUUACGUUAAAAUGAUUGGAUUAGAACAACCAACAAAUGAUAUCCGCUUUGUCAGUAAUGUCAUAUCCACCAAGUUAAAUCUAUGCAGAAAUUAUAAAUAUUUAGAUAUAAAUGGUGGAUGUCGUUAUUUCAUUGAUAUGUUUCGCUUGGGAUUAUUUGGACACAUUUGCUUGGACACUGUUCCCCAUAGCAAAGAAGAUUUCAUCACGUACUUUGAUUUCAAUUCUCAGGAACCCCUUGCCAUCGAUGCACAGAAUAACCCGCAGCCAUUCCGGGGCCUGCUCUAG